GGCUUCUCUGAACCGCGGUGGGUGGCGCCCCUAGACCAGGCCGGGUUUUGGCGGCGUAGCGCGCGGAAGGCGGAAGGCAUCACGCGGUGGGUAGAGAGGUCGAGUGCGGGGCUCAGGGCGCGCUGGGACUCGGGCGGCCUCUUUCCCCGGCGCACAGGCUGCAAACUCCUUUUCCCACCCUUAACGCGCGUGAGCAGCCAGCCGGCGUGGAGCGAUGGCGCUGAGCCACUCCGUGAAGGAGCGCACCAUCUCGGAGAACAGCCUCAUCAUCCUGUUGCAGGGCCUCCAGGGCCAGAUCACCACUGUGGACCUUCGAGACGAGAGCGUGGCCCGAGGACGCAUUGACAACGUGGAUGCUUUCAUGAACAUCCGCCUGGCCAACGUCACCUACACUGACCGCUGGGGGCAUCGGGUUGAGCUGGAUGACCUCUUUGUGACAGGUCGAAACGUCCGCUACGUCCAUAUCCCCGAUGACGUGAACAUCACUGCCACCAUCGAGCAGCAGCUGGAGAUCAUCCACCGUGUGCGAAACUUUGGUGGUCAAGGUCGGAGAGAGUUUCCCUCCAAAAGGCCUUGAGGCCGUGUCCUCAUUAAGGUUCCUUACCUCCAGUGUUCUGAGCCAGCACCCUGCCAUCCUCUCCUCCCAGUGACCUGGUGUCUUGAAAGACACCUGUCACGGCUGUCUUUCGACGGGUUCCACUUUUCAGACACAAUUGGGACCCAGAGUUUCUUCUAUCUGUGGCCUUGGGGUAGGUGAUAAUCCCUCUUUUUGAUCCUUUGCAUCUGGAAUCUUCGUUUACUGACUGAUCACAUCUAUCAAGGAGUAAUCAACUCUGUCAGUGAGGAUUAUUGAGAGUGAAUCACUCUGACUCCCGUUUCUCUUGACACUUGUUUCUUUUCUCAUAAAACCAAACUUGGAUCCAUGCAA